AUGGAAGAGACACCACAUUUAGUUGCACAUUUUAUGGCUGCUGGAGCAGAAAAACGUUUAGAAGAUUAUCAUUUUUUACGUAAUACUUAUGAAACAAUUACUGGACAAGAAAUACAACUUAAUCGUAUUUUACGUAUGCUUGGUGAAGAUGAAUUUGCUCUUAGUUGGCGAACAGAUUUCUUACCAAUAGGCAGAGCUUACUCUCGAUCUGUUUAUGAUUUUGAUCGAUGGCGUAAUACAGUCACUUUACAAGGCAAUAUUGCUUAUGAACGUCUUCGAGACUUAGAACAUGACUAUUCAAAACACACAAAUUUACCGACGAUUCCAUCAUCAUCUCGUCGUGUGCAAGAACUUCGAGAACGUCGAAAACGCUUCAGUGAACAACGUGAUCAUCCAUCAUCAUCGAGAACUCGUGGUGGUAGUGUUUCAUCUUCAGCACGUUUACAAGCUUUAGCUGAAUAUGAUACAGCAUUAGCAGAAUCUGAAGCAAAACGAAAACGGCAAGCCGAAGAAAAUCGUUUAAAUACUCCAAAAACUGAUGCAGAUGAAUUAAUUGAAAAACGACAUGAAAAAUUCAAAACAAUGUUUGAUGAUGCAGCAAGUCAAAAAUAUGAAAAAUCACAACAACAACAAGUUGAAUCAAAACAACAACAAGUUGAAUCAAAACAACAACAAGUUGAAUCAAAACAACAACAAGUUGAAUCAAAACAACAACAAGUUGAAUCAAAACAACAAGAAAUUGAGUCAAACAAACAUUUAAUAGACAAUGGUCAUUUGAUUGCAGAUCAAAAGAAAAAUUUAAUCAAAGAUCAAGCAAAUGAUUCUGAUAAAAUUCGAAAAUCUUCUAUUGAAUAUGAUCAAGAAAAAUCAGGAGCUAUUGAAUUGAUAUCAUUUACUGUUGAUUGGGAACCUAUAUCAUCAACAAAUGAAAAUCAAGAUGAACAGAGUUCUUUAAUUCGUCUUAAAUGUCAAUGGGCAUCACCAAGUUCAUCCUCUGCAAUCGAUUAUUUUACAAUUGAACGUCAAUUAGGUGAUAAUGAAUGGUUACCUAUUGGAGAACAAAUUAAUAAAUUAGAAAAUCAAGCACAACUAGAUAUUUCACUAUUAAAUGAUAAUGAUAAUAAUGAAAUAAAUGUUAAUAUUCCAUCAUAUUUUCGUCUUAAAGCUCAUCUACAAAAUGGUCAAACAUUUACAAGUAAACCAACUGAUGAAAUAUUUAUUAAUUUAUUUCAAGAUAAAAAUAUUAUUAUACCUCAUGUGGAAAUUCUUUCAUCUGAUUCUGUUCAAUUAACAUGGAACGAUAAAAAAAAUGAAGAAAAACCAAAUAUUUAUGAUAUUGAAAAGAAAGAAGAACAACAACCAGAGUGGGAAAAAGUUAUUGAAGUACCAUUAUCACAACGUUCAGCUAGAAUAGAUAGUUUAACCGAUGCUAAACAAUGUCAAUUUCGCUUGACACCAUCAACAAAUGAACCUGAAGAAAUGAAAACAACAGACAAUGAAGUCGAACCAGAAGUAUUAACCGUACAUAACGUUAAUGAAUGGUUGAAUUCAUUACAUAUCAACCCAACAUCACCAAAUACAGUUGAUAUUAAUAUAUCCGAAGAAGGUUUUAAAGAAUUUGAUUGUUAUAAAAUUGAAUAUACAACAAUUGAUCAACUCGAUCAAUGGAUACAAAUAUCGGAUAUUACUCAUGAUGAUCCACAAUUAACAAUUGAUAAGCUUAAACAAGGAACUGAUUAUAAAUUUCGUUUUACUCCAAUUUUACCAGGAACAGCAACAACAAGUGGAACUGAUACUUCUCAACUUUCACUUGUCCUUGAUGUUAAAAUGCCAUCGGCACGAAAAGGGCGAUUUGCUAAAACUGAAAGUGAAACUCCUGUGGCUGUUCCACCUCGAUUUUCAAUUCAAAAACUAGAUUCAACAAGUGUUCUUAUUGAAGCCAGUGUUCCAGGAGAAGAACCAGCAGCAUUUGAAGAUGUAUUUGAUGUUUAUUCAAAAAACCAAACAACAGAUGAUGAUUGGAAUAAAGUUGGAACAAUUGAUAAAGAACAUCUAAGCACAAAAGUUGAAAAUCUUGAAGAAAAUGCAGCUUACAGUUUUAAAAUUGAUAAUAUAACAUCAUCAUCAGAUGAUAAUGAAAGUAAUACCGUACAAGAAUUUAAAUUUGAGACAACGUCAGUAAAACAAUAUGAUCCAUCUUUACUUCUGGAAAAAAUUGAACAGAGUCUUGAAAAUGUUGUUAAUAAUGUUAUGCAAGCAGCUGCUGGUCAUCAAACACUUGAAGAGCCAGUGAAUAAAAGUUUGAAUGAAGUUAUUAAAGAAGUAUUUCGUGAUGAAACACUUUUACCAAGUGAACAAUAUGGAUUUGAUACAUUAGCAUUAAAUGAUGAUUUAUUAUUAUAUCGUGGACCAAAACAAAUGAUGUUAAAAGAAUUAGAAGUAGAUGAAACAAUUGAUUUAUCACAACAUUAUGGUGAAAUAAUAAUUCAUAAUUAUCGUACAACAAAACAAUCAGUUAUUGUACGAGAAGAUAAUGGUAAUACACGUGUUGAAAAUAUUCAUGGUGAUAUUAUUAUACGUAAUGUUGUUAGUGAUGUUUUAUUAAAAAAUGAACAAACACAUCAUCAAUUAUCAAUGAAUAUUGUUGGACAGGCUUUUUUAAAAGGUGUACAAGGAACAUUAGUUGCAUCAAAGUUUAAAGGAAUUAUAGUUGUGAAAAAUGUAAAUAAACCAUAG